AUGGCUUCUUCUAGUGGAAAUUCGUCUGGAUCUGAAGAAACCUUGCAGGAUUUGAUUGAUCAAAGGAAAAGGAAGAGAAUGGAAUCAAAUAGGGAAUCAGCAAGGCGAUCAAGGAUGAAAAAACAGAAGCAUUUGGAUGAUCUGACAGCCCAAAUUGUUCAACUGAGGUACAAAAACAGCCACUUCUUAACAAGCUUAAACCUCACAACACAGGAUUAUAUGAAAAUGGAGGCUGAAAAUUUAGUCCUCAAGGCUCAAGUUAUGGAACUCAGCCAAACACUGCAGUCCCUAAAUGACGUCCUUAAUUACUUCAAAGCCAACAACAAUCCCAUGUUUGAGGAUUUCCAAGGCUGUCCUGAAAGUUUAAUGUACUUUUGCCAACAACCCAUCACGGCCACAGCUGAUAUGUUUUAUUUUGAUUAUUUUUGUUUGUAG